ACUCCCCACUUAAUUUAGUGCUCACAUCUGAAUCCAUCAUCUUUCUCAACUCUCCUUCUGUGAAUUGAAGUUGCAGAAACCCUAAAUUCUCGAACCGAUAAGACUACAGUUAGUUUGCUUACCAUAAUCAAAUCAUGGCCAUUAAACUCUAUGGAUCCCUUAUUUCAACCGCAACACAGCGAGUCAAAGCUGCCCUCGCUGAGAAGGAUAUUGAGUACGAGUUCAUAAUCAUCGACAUGGCCAAAAAUGAACACAAGAAACCUGAAUUCCUUACCCGGAACCCAUUCGGUCAAGUUCCAGCGUUUGAGGAUGGUGAUCUCAAGUUGUUCGAAUCAAGGGCGAUUACUCAAUACAUAGCACACGCGUAUGCCGACAAGGGUAACGAUCUGAUAUUCGAGGAUCCGAAGAAAAUGGCGAAACUGUCGGUGUGGAUGGAAGUGGAGUCCCAGAAAUAUGAACCGAUAGCUUCGAAACUGGUGUGGGAGCUUCUUUUGAAGCCGAUGUUUGGGAUGACUACCGACGAGGCGAUUGUGGAAGAGUACGAGAAGAAAAUGGAGGGGUUGCUUGACGUGUACGAAUCACGGCUGUCGGAGAGCAAGUAUUUGGGCGGAGAUUGCUUCACUUUGGUGGAUCUCCACCACCUCCCUACCAUGAAGUACUUGAUGGGAACGCGGGUGAAGAAGCUGUUUGACGCGCGGCCCAAUGUCAGCGCGUGGGCUGCCGAAAUCCAGUCAAGGCCUGGCUGGAUCAAAGCUAUUACCGCCUAAUCAAAACGAGCUCUUAAUUAUGGUUUGGAAAGAUCUACUCAUUAAAUUUGAUGCUUGAUGAGAUUUAGAUGUUUGUAAUGCCGUGUGUGUGUGUGUGCAAUGUAUCAGUUGCCCUUUCAACAACUACUAGUAAUAAAAUAAAAUUUUGAUUAUUGAAAUAA